CAUGAUAUAUAGUUAUGCUUCUCUCCUAGUUAUCUCUCUUUCUUUCUUGUUCCUUUUUCUCUCUUCAGCCAAAAUCUUGUGCCUUUCUUCGUCGUUGUGAUCAUCAGAAUUCAACGCCGUCAAUAAUGGUGGAUCUUCAACCUGUUUGCUGCAUGUGCGGCGACGUCGGUUUCCCUGACAAACUCUUCCGCUGCAUCAAAUGCCUCCACCGAUUUCAACACUCGUAUUGCAGUAACUACUACAGCGAUUUGGCGGAACCGGUUGAACUGUGUGAUUGGUGCCAGAGCGAAGAAAGAAACCCAAAGCAAGGAAGCUCUUCAAAGAAAUCAUCGGCCGGUAACGAAGCCGGAGCUAUGAACCGAUCCGAGUAUUCCGGUGACAAAUUCAAGCAAGAGAGUGGCGAUCACAAAGGAAAGAGCAGUGGAACCCCUUCUCCAAGGCCCACGACACGCAGGUACAAGCUUCUCAAGGAUGUCAUGUGUUGAAAA